AUGGGUCGCAAUAAUUCUGGGAAUUCGAAUAAUUUUCUCCAAGUUGUGGCUAGCAACUUUGAUGUUCUUGCUUUGCCUCUGAUCACACUGGUUUAUCCCCUAUAUGCUUCGAUUAAGGCAAUAGAGACCAAGUCUCGUACCGAUGAUCAACAAUGGCUUACCUAUUGGGUUCUGUAUUCUUUGAUGACAAUCUUUGAGCUCACAUUUUCCAAAGUCCUUGAAUGCUUUCCCAUUUGGCCGUAUGCCAAGUUGAUUUUCACAUGCUGGUUGGUGCUGCCACAAUUCAAUGGAGCAGCAUAUGUUUAUCGGCACUUUAUCAGACCCUACUAUAUGAACCCACCAUCACCUCAUCAGAUGUGGUAUAUCCCAAGGAAGAAGAACAUCUUCAGCAAACCGGAUGACGUUUUAACUGCUGCUGAAAAAUAUAUGGAAGAGCAUGGCACAGAAGCUUUUGAAAGGCUCAUAACCAAGGCUGAUAGAGAAGCAAGAAGCAGGAAGAGCCACAAUUACAUGAUCUUUGAUGAUGAUUAUAUGUACUGA